AUGGCCGAUACUUGUGCUGCUGUAAUCCUCAUCCUAGUGACUCUUCUUUUGCCGCCAGCCGGAGUCUUCUUCAUCAGCGGAUGUUCUGCUGACCUCUUGAUCAACAUCUUCCUAACUAUACUGGGAUAUUUCCCAGGCCAUAUCCACGCCUUUUAUACCCUAUGGGUCUACUAUGAAGCCAAGUCAAGAGGCCGAGAAGGCAGGAUGAGAGCUAGGUCACCGCCUGGAAUCUUCUCGAAGAGGAUUCUGAAUGGCGGCGAAAGGCCGGUUUACUACUAUCCCGAGCAGCAUGCACCGUCUACUCAGGGAUACGGAACAAAUGCUCCUGUGCCUCCGGCUGGUGGUAAUGGUGGAUAUCAGCCUGUACGAUGA